AUGGCGCCCCGGCGCCUCCUGUUGGUUGGGGAAGGGAAUUUCUCCUUCGCCGCGGCUCUGAGCGAAGUUCUGGAUUCGGACUCUUGUCUAACGGCCACCUGCCUCCAGCGCCCGGCCGACCUGGCCCAGGACCCGGUGGCCCAGGAGAAUCUGCAGCGCCUGCGCCUGCGAGGUGCUGAGAUACGUUUCGGUGUGGACUGCACCCAGCUGGCAGAUGCGUUUGAACCGCACCAUAGGGGGUUUGAUAGAAUUUUUUUUAACUUUCCUCACUGUGGACGCAAAGCUGGAGUAGCUAAGAACAGGCAACUGCUGGCCAAGUUUUUCCAGAGCUGUGCAGAUGUCCUUGCAGAGGAUGGAGAAGUUCAUGUGGCACUGUGUAGAGGACAAGGUGGAACUCCUGCUGAUAAGCCCCAGAGAGAAUGGCACAACAGUUGGCAAGUAGUUGCCAUGGCAGCUCUGGGGGGCUUCAUUUUAAGUGAUGUGCAUCCCUUUAGCUGUGAGGCCGUGCCAGGAUACAGGUGUACUGGAUAUAGGAGUCAAGAUAGGUCCUUUCAUGUGGAAGGUGCUUUGAGCCAUGUCUUCACCUGGAGCUUACCAUUUGAAAGCUCUCAAUCCAGAAUGUUUAGGAUCAAAUUGGGUGACCAGUGGUUUUCCUUUCUAGAACCGGAAGCACUUGUUGGAAAGUUGAGCAGGGAUUUCCUGGAAGCACCUUCCAGUCAUCCUGUCAGAACUGUAAAUGAGAUCCUCCUUGCUGCAUUGGGCAAAGCUUUCCCUCUAAAAAGACUCAAGUGUUCCUCCCUGCUGCUGACACAGGAGCAUCCGAGCGUUCUCCCUUCCUGGAAGUGGGAUGAUGCAUCAGCUGCCUUUGGGAUCCAUCUCCAUGAAGAGCACUCAUCUGCUCUGUCCCAGAAUGGUGGGACAACCCGAGAUAUGGAGGACUUUGUUAUGUCAUUUUCAGAACUAAGAUUUCCCAAGAGUCCUGAAAGAGAUGGUGAGAAAGAAGUUCCUGAAGCAGUCUGUGGUCAGGCCAAGUUCUGCCUUAGACCUUCUCUUCUAGUUCACGCUCUGGCUGCCAUCCAAGCACCAGACUUCAUCCCCGGUUUUCUGCAUACCCUCAGCGGACCUGUCUUUCGGAAAUGUCGCAUUUUGCCUUUCACGAUGCCAGCAUUUCACGAGACCUUAUUUAUAUAUGGGAUUAAUCCAAAUGCAGAGGAUGGCUGCUUGCAGUCACUGCUGGAUCUCCUGAAGGACACUGUAGAUAACCUUCUGGCGCGGGCACGGCUGGAGGGUUCUGAGCGGAGCCAUUCAGUGGAGUUUGUCCGCCAGCCAAAUGGGACAGAUUAUAGGAUUUGUGUGAAGUCUCAUGAUUUUGGUUCAUAUUGUGCCAAGGAUCUGACUAUUGGGGCUGUCACCACAUCUGCAAUAACAAGCAUUCUACCUAAAGACCAGUGUUUUGUGUUUGUGUCUGUCAACCUGGACUUAUUAGCCAUGCUUGUGUGGGGUAUCUCUGAUUGGAGGAUGCUGUGGACCUUUGAUGACCGUUUUCUGAACAAUUUUGUACCCGGGAAAAUAGAAUCCUUUAAAAGUUAUUCUCUGUAUCCUCCAUGCUAUGUGCAUGAUAUUAGUUUUUGGUUGGAUGAGGAGAAAGGAUUUGAUGAGCUGGAGUUUCACACUGUGGCCCGAGCAGUGUCCAAGGACACUGUCAUAUCCAUAGAGUUCCUUAAUCGUUUUCAGCAUCCAGAGACUGACCAAGUCAGUCUCUGCUACAGGCUGACCUACCAAGCCUGUGAUAAGGCCCUCACCCAGAAGCAGGCAGCAGCAAUGCAGUUGCGAUUUAGGAAGGAGAUUGAACGCCAGCUACACGUUCUACCUCGGUAGUUCUUUCGACAGCAUGAGCAUGGUCCUUCAUGAGAGUGAACGUGGAUGCAGAAGACCAGUGUGCAACUUGUUGUCCUAUCUGGACUGUGUCUUUGUGAGCUCUUUGAAUCUGUCAUAACAACUGUUGACUAAUGAUACCUGUGACUGUCACUUAAACUUACCAACUGCAAUGCGUUUUUUGAUUUUCAGUCAUGCAGUAUAUAUUUGUCUUGAGUAAUGACUAAGAAAACAGCAUUUUAUACAUGAGAUGCUCUGUUGAAGAGGCAGUGGAAUUAAAUAUCUCACCAAAAAUUGAUAAAUGUUUUCCAUGCUAUCAGUUCCUUUUCCCUUAACUCAGUGAUUCAUCCUUCUAAGUCAACGUAUGACGAUGGUUUUGGAGUCAGAUAGACCAUCACUUAUUAGCACAGA